UUCCAAGCAUUGCUUGUGGAUGUGAAUGCUCAUUGUCGUCAUUAUCAAGCAAUUAUGCGCUCAGUUGUUUCAGAAGAAUGGUUUACGCCGAGGGAAAACUUUUAUCUAAAAAUCAGUAUUGGUUCAGAUCUUUCAUGGAUCACACAUACUAUUAGAGCAAACCAUAUCCAUCAGGUUUCGUCUCAUUCGCCUUGAUCCUCCUGAGUAUAAUUUUUGAUACACUGGGAAAAAUGUGGGUCACUCGAAUCAAAUUACGCGUCUUGGGCGGCAUUGGUUUUUUGUUAAGCCUCAGCCUGGCCGAUCAUCAGCAUAAUCACGAUUAUGGGCACCACGCGGGAAACAAUAAUUAUUCCAACUAUUGGCAAAAUCAGUACGCCCCUCAAAAUAAGCAAUACGAUUACAGCAGUCCAGAUUUGUAUGCUACUCAGGGCCAUGAAGGCACACUAUCCAAUUGGGAUGCCACGAACUAUUACGCCCAAGAUUAUCCGGACUAUAAUGAGCCUGUGGCCAGUCCGCCGGAAACAAAUAUUCUUGGAACACUAGUGGAACAAUAUCGAAAGUUCGGGCGAAGGAUCAUCGACCGCGUGGGAGGGGUAGAUCGUCAAGCCUUUGCAUUUUUGGCCAAUCCCGGGACGAUUUCGAUUGUGAUUGGUGCGAUACUGGCAGUGAGUUUAGCUGUCGUUAUUCAACAAGGCCAAACGCUGCGGGACAAUUUGGACGGCCGAAUAAACAACUUAAAUUCGGAGAUCAACACGUUGGAGGAAGAGGUUCAACAAUCUCAAUCGAACCUGGAUUCAGGCAAUCAAAGAAUUGCAAGGUUGGAGGCCCAAAUCAGUGCUAGUGCAACCACACCAGCCACAACCACGACCACUUCAACAACACCACCAACAACCACCACUAUGCCGACAACAACGAUGUCCACAACAACAUCGAUGGCGACAACUACAAUGAUGCCGACAACUACAAUGGCACCGGCAACAACAACGAUGCCGCCAGCAUCAUCAAUGGUACCACGGCAAUUCAGACUUUUCAAUGUUCCGGGACUGGAUUUUGAUACCGUUGGUUGAGCAAUUGCAGACAAACGUCGAAAAGGACCGAGUACUUAAUGAUAGCCAUGCCAAAGAGCGUUUUAGACUCCAUUUCGAUUCAAUUCCAGAAUGCUGAGAUAGUAUUUUUUCAGCAUUAAGGCUUCGUGAAUUAAAAAUAUGAUUAUGAAAGCAAACGCAUUUCGCUGUAAUCAAUCAUCUGCAGGUGAUGGUGUUUUGUAUGUAUGUACUUGGUUAAGAAAGAGUGUUUGAUUACACUUUCACAUUGCAUGGAAUAUAAGAUGAGAUGCUGUAUUUUCAACCUUCCUUUCAUCUUGUUCUUUCUGAACAAAAAAUCUGAGGCACAAAAUUAUAAUCCAAACGUUGGCUGUGGUACUAGGUAGAUCAUUUAAUUGCAGUUAGA